AGCAGGUGUCGCUGCUCACUUCAGAACCCGGAAGUGCUGUCUCGUCGGCCGCCUGCACAGAACGCUUAUCACUCCGUCGCCGGAAGCGGGAGGUCCUUUCUAUUGCAGACGCAGCCAUGGCUCGUGGACCCAAGAAGCACUUGAAGCGCGUUGCCGCUCCCAAGCACUGGAUGCUGGACAAGCUGACCGGUGUCUUCGCCCCGCGUCCGUCCACCGGGCCCCACAAGCUGAGAGAGUGUCUGCCGCUCAUCAUCUUCCUGAGGAACAGGCUGAAGUACGCUCUGACCGGGGACGAGGUGAAUGCCCAAAACCACUUUAUAUGGAUCAGUAAUAAAAUCCGGUUUCUGGAUCACUUCCCUGCGACUAAUACAAAGCGAUGUCAAUUCUACUUCACAGACGUCAUCAGCAUUGACAAGACCGCCGAAUAUUUCCGCCUGGUGUACGAUACCAAGGGCCGCUUCGCCGUGCACCGGAUCACAGCCGAGGAGUCCAAGUACAAGCUGUGCAAAGUGAGGAAGACGUGGGUGGGAACAAAAGGAAUCCCCCACCUGGUGACCCAUGACGCCCGUACCAUCCGCUACCCGGACCCAUUGAUCAAGGUCAAUGAUACAGUUCAGAUCGAUCUGGAGACCGGCAAGAUUACAGACUUCAUCAAGUUUGAUACUGGUAACCUGUGCAUGGUGACCGGAGGUGCCAACUUGGGUCGCAUCGGUAUCAUCACCAACAGGGAGAGACACCCUGGCUCAUUUGAUGUGGUCCACGUGAAGGACGCCAACGGCAACAGCUUUGCCACCAGGCUUUCCAAUAUUUUUGUCAUCGGCAAGGGUAACAAGCCAUGGAUUUCCUUGCCACGUGGAAAGGGUAUCCGUCUCACCAUCGCUGAGGAGAGAGACAAGAGACUGGCAGCCAAGCAGACCAGCGGCUAAAUCCAAAUUCUUUAAUACGUCUAUUAAAUAAAACUCUGUUCUGAA